AUGGCAUCUAAAAGAAAAAGAAAGGAAAAACAAAAAGAUUUUGCUAAAGCAAAAUUAAAGGUUGGUAAAACUGCUCAAAAACCAGAUAAUUACACUGAUACCUCAUUCAAAUCAAAAACUAUCUCUUUACCCAAUCAAUCUAUUGCGUCGAGUUCUAACUAUGGUGCUAGCUCAGGUGCUUCAAGAUCAUCAUUAUCAACAGGUCCCUCCUUGGCUGUGUUGACUCAUCAGUUAUCAUUAACCAAACAUCAUUCUUCCAAUACAAGAAAAGAAGUCUUAAACUAUUUACAAACUCAUUUACCCGAGAACCCUUCAUAUUACAAGAAUAUAAUGACAAGUAUCUUACCGCUAAUCUUAGAUGAGGACAAGGAAGUACGAAAAGCUUUAAUGAGUCUACUUUCGGCAAUUUUUGCAAAACAACCUGGAUUAAUUGAUUUGCAUUUACGAUCGACUAUACUAUUUAUUUUGUCGGCCAUGAGUCACAUUAUACCCAAUAUUCGAACCACCAGUACUCAUUUCUUAAGAAUUAUUGUUGAGAAUAGUCAUGGAAAUUUGAUAAAUUCCUAUUUUGUCAAAAUAAUGAGAAACUGGUUUGUUUUAAUGGGUUGGAGUUUAAAUGAACAAGAUUCAAAACAGUUAAGUAUGGCUGUGACAACUCUUAGUAUUACAGCUAUGAAUGCUAAUUCCAAACAAGCAAGAAUUGGCCAUUUGCAGAAUUUGAAUAAAUUUUUACUGAAAACUUUACAGCAUGACCAAGAUAAAGAUAAGAAUAAAGAUAUGAAACUAAAUAUCACUAUUCAUCCCCAAAGUUACAAAUAUUUAUUAACAGAUACAGUGCAGCCAUAUCAACCUUUGAAAUUAUUUGUCAAGGAAUUUAAGAGUGAAGGUAGUGGGUCUAAUGGAUCGGGGAUUUCAAUGUUGGAUUUGAAUACUAUAUCCACUGAAGAUUUAGAUACAAGGAAAAAAAUCAUGAACGAUGUCUUUAAACCAUUAAUGAUUAAAAAUUUAAACACAUUUGUUAAAGAAGGUGGUGAGAUUGGUAGAGAAGCCAACAAUUGUAUAAGUAUUGUUACUCAAGCAUGUACAUCAAGUAGUGAAUAA